CUCGGCUCGCGAGGAAAAGUCCGGCGCCUCCAGGCCGGGGCGGCUUCCUGCGCAGAGCCAAGCUGCCCGGCCUUCGGUGAGUGCAGGCAGACCACGGCCCUCCAGAAACGAUGGUUGUCAGUGGACCCCGCUGGGACUCUGCCAGGCUGCAGUGCUCAGUCUAAGAGAAGGGUCCUCUCUGAGCCCUACUUGCUCCGCCUGUCAUGGCCACACUUGGCUGCUUCCUCCUUGUCUGGGGACACAGGGUACCCAGCCCCAGCCCAGAGAGCGUAAACCAGGCCCUCUCACUCCGUUUCACAGGGGCACUCUGGGCACCAGGCCCCUUCCAGACUGAGAGCAGCUGAUGCCCUGGAGAAGCCCCUGCCCACCUCUCCACUCACCUGGUACUGCCCACUGUGAGACCUUUUCACUGAGACCCCCAGAGCUUCACUCCCCUGUCCCCUUCCCACCCCCACCAUGUGUGAAGUGAUGCCCACAAUCAACGAGGGAGACCCUCUGGGGCCUCCCCAUGGAGCCGAUGCUGACGCCAACUUUGAGCAGCUGAUGGUGAACAUGCUGGAUGAGCGGGAGAAGUUGCUAGAGUCCCUUCGGGAGAGUCAGGAGACUUUGCUGGCGACACAGAGCCGGCUCCAGGAUGCCCUGCAUGAGCGAGACCAGCUCCAGCGCCACCUUAACUCUGCCCUCCCCCAGGAAUUUACCACCUUAACCCGGGAGCUGAGUAUGUGUCGAGAGCAGCUUCUAGAGAGAGAGGAAGAGAUAUCAGAGCUGAAAGCAGAGCGGAAUAACACGAGGUUGCUUCUGGAACAUCUGGAGUGCCUGGUGUCCCGCCAUGAGCGGUCACUGAGGAUGACUGUGGUGAAGCGUCAGGCUCAGUCACCAUCAGGGGUUUCCAGUGAGGUGGAGGUGCUGAAGGCUCUCAAGUCACUGUUUGAGCACCACAAGGCCCUGGAUGAGAAGGUGCGAGAGCGGCUCCGGGCGGCCCUCGAGAGAGUGACCACUUUGGAGGAACAGCUGGUGUGUGCCCACCAGCAGGUGUCUUCCCUACAGCAGGGGUCAGGGGUUCGGGAUGGAGUGGCUGAAGAUGAGGGGACUGUGGAGCUGGGACCAAAAGGCCUGUGGAAGGAGGACUCGGGCCAGGUUGAGGAGCUGCAGGAGCUUCUGGAGAAGCAGAACUUUGAGUUGAGCCAGGCCCGGGAGCGACUGGUCACCCUGACAGCAACUGUGGCUGAACUGGAGGAGGACCUGGGAACAGCCCGCCGGGACCUCAUCAAGUCGGAGGAACUGAGCAGCAAACACCAGCGGGACCUCCAGGAAGCUCUAGCUCAGAAGGAGGACAUGGAGGAGCGGAUCACCACCCUGGAGAAGCGCUACCUGGCUGUUCAGCGUGAGGCUACAUCAAUCCAUGACCUCAACGACAAACUGGAGAACGAGCUGGCCAAUAAGGAAUCCUUGCAUCGCCAGUGUGAGGAGAAAGCCCGAUAUCUGCAGGAGCUACUGGAGGUAGCCGAGCAGAAACUUCAGCAGACGAUGCGUAAGGCCGAGACGCUGCCAGAAGUGGAGGCUGAGCUGGCCCAAAGAGUUGCGGCCCUCACCAAGGCUGAAGAGCGACAUGGCAGCACUGAGGAGCACCUCCGACAGCUGGAGGGACAGCUGGAGGAGAAGAACCAAGAGCUGGCGCGGGUGAGAGCACCAGACAGGACUUUUUGGUGUCCCUCUCUGCCCCACGGUGGCACCGCAGGCUGGAUUUGGAGUCAGGACGGUGAGAGGGAGGCUCCUUGGCUCACAGCUGUUCUCCCCCAGAACACGUUGAUCCAAGAGCUGGAGACCUCCCAGCGACAGAUUGAAGAGCAGCACCAUCACAAGGGCCGCCUGUCUGAAGAGAUUGAGAAACUGCGCCAAGAGGUGGACCAACUGAAGGGUCAAGGAGGACCAUUUGUGGAUGGCAUCCACUCCAGGGCAUACACGGGCAGUGCAACGGAUGUGCGGUUCUCCAUGAGCACAACUGCCCACGCAUCUCAAGGUCUGCAUCGUUGUUACUCAGCUCGGCGGGAACAGUCUGCCAAGGACUGGGAGCCAUCUCCACUGCCUGAGGUGCUGGUCCCGACAGCCACCCCUGCCUUUGACAGUGACCGUGAGAGCUCUGAUGUGGAUGAGGAUGAACCAGGGGGUCUGCUGGGCUCCAUGGACGUUGUCUCCCCCAGCAGCCACUCAGACGCCCAGACCCUGGCCAUGAUGCUGCAGGAGCAGCUGGAUGCCAUCAACGAGGAAAUCAGGAUGAUCCAGGAAGAGAAGGAGUCCACAGAGCUCCGUGCUGAGGAGCUGGAAACUCGAGUGACUAGUGGCAGCAUGGAGGCCCUAGACCUGACCCAGCUGCACAAACGAGGCUCCAUCCCCACCUCUCUGACCGCCCUGUCCCUGGCCAGCGCAUCCCCUCCACUCAGCGGCCGUGCCACACCUAAGCUUACCUCCCGCAGUGCUGCCCAGGACCUGGACCGGAUGGGGGUCAUGACCUUGCCCAGUGACUUAAGAAAGCAUAGGAGGAAGCUGCUGUCACCAGUGUCUUGGGAAGAGAACCGAGAGGAUAAAGCCACCAUAAAAUGUGAGACUUCUCCUCCUUCCUCACCCAGGACACUGCAGCUAGAAAAGCGUGGCCACCCAGCCCUGAGCCAGGAAGAAGGCAAGAGUGCUUUGGAGGAUCCAGGCAGCAACCCCAGCAGCAGCAACAGCAGCCAGGACUCCUUGCACAAGGGUGCCAAGCGCAAGGGCAUCAAGUCAUCCAUCGGCCGCCUGUUUGGGAAGAAGGAGAAAGGCAGGCUGAUCCAGCCAAGCCGGGAUGGACCCACAGGCCAUGUUGUACUACUAACAGAUUCUGAGCUCGGUCUGCAGGAGCCCAUGGUGCCUGCCAAGCUGGGAACCCAGGCAGAAAAGGACCGGAGGCUGAAGAAGAAACACCAGCUGCUUGAAGAUGCCCGGAGAAAAGGAAUGUCCUUUGCCCAGUGGGACGGCCCUACUGUGGUCUCCUGGCUAGAGCUCUGGGUGGGGAUGCCUGCUUGGUAUGUGGCAGCCUGCCGGGCCAACGUCAAGAGUGGCGCCAUCAUGUCAGCCCUAUCGGACACAGAGAUCCAGCGAGAAAUUGGCAUCAGCAAUGCCCUGCACCGGCUCAAGCUCCGGCUGGCCAUCCAGGAGAUGGUGUCGCUGACCAGCCCCUCUGCCCCGCCCACCUCCAGGACUUCUUCUGGGAAUGUCUGGGUCACCCACGAAGAGAUGGAAACUCUGGCAGCAUCCACUAAAACAGACAGUGAGGAGGGCAGCUGGGCUCAGACCCUGGUCUAUGGGGAUAUGAACCACGAGUGGAUUGGGAACCAGUGGCUCCCCAGCCUGGGGCUCCCCCAGUACCGCAGCUACUUCAUGGAGUGCCUCGUGGAUGCUCGCAUGCUGGAUCACCUCACCAAGAAGGACCUGCGGGUCCACCUGAAGAUGGUGGACAGCUCCCACCGAACCAGUCUUCAGUAUGGCAUCAUGUGCCUGAAGAGGCUGAAUUAUGACCGGAAGGAGCUGGAGAAGCGGCGGGAGGAAAGCCAGCAUGAGAUCAAGGAUGUGCUAGUCUGGACCAAUGACCAGGUAGUUCAUUGGGUCCAGUCUAUUGGGCUCCGGGACUACGCAGGAAACCUCCAUGAGAGUGGUGUGCAUGGCGCUUUGCUGGCCCUGGAUGAGAACUUCGACCACAACACACUGGCCCUGGUUCUCCAGAUACCCACACAAAAUACCCAGGCACGCCAAGUGUUGGAGAGAGAGUUCAACAACCUGUUGGCUUUGGGCACAGACCGGAAGCUGGAUGAUGGGGAAGACCAGGCGCUCCGCCGCGCGCCCUCCUGGAGGAAACGCUUCCGCCCGCGGGACCCCCACGGCCGCGCCCCGCUCAGCGCCGCGGCCGACACGCUCCCGACAACAUUCCGCGCGUCCACCAUGGGGCCCGUGCCGCCGCCACCGUCCCCGCGGAAGAUCACGCCUGAAGCUCGCUCCCACUAUCUCUACGGACACAUGCUCUCCGCCUUCCGGGACUAGCCACAGCCCCGGAAGGCCAGCUUCCUCCUGCUUGGUUUCACGGGCUCGGAUAGCCCUUACCGUCCUGCUGGUUCCCCCUUACUCCCAGGGCUCCUAGUCUCCUCUCUCAGAAUGUACUCGUCUACCCCUCAGCAUCCCGCUACCCCAAGUCCACCGUGUGUCCCUUGUAAGGCUCUCUGGGAUGUGUCUGGGUUUCCUGGUGGUGUGAGGCAGUCAGGUCGUCCAUGCUUGUGGGUCUGCGGCAGGGAGAGGAAGGCAGCCGGAGAUAGACGGACUCCGCUUCCCGUCUUCUGCAUCUAACAGGUCUGGACCACACACUCCACCGGAGACCAGGAUGCAGCACCAAGGGCUGGGGUGGCCCUUCCAAGGAAAGGGCGCUUCAGACUUCCUUGCUUGGGUUAUUUGGCCUUCUGGUUUCUGUCUGUCUCUUGGUUGCACUAGAUGGCCUACGUCUGCUUUUGGCAACCCCCCCUUCCCCACCGUUUUCCCUCCCCCGACUCAUCCGCACCUUGUAGCUGCUGCCACACCUUCAGGACCUCUUUGGGGGCUGGGAGACAUAGACGGCCCCAUUCUUUCUCAGGAUGAUGAACCUGGAAAGAAGGAAGGCUCAGGUGGAGAUUCUAGGCCCUGGUUUAAGUUGAAUCCCAAACGUCAAGCAUAAGCAUGGGGAAAUUCAGCCCUCCUGCCCAGUGAGAGGUUGCAGGCAGGUCAGCUAGAGGGAGAGCCGAUGUCCUGUGGUAGCUCUAAGCCCAGGUGGCAGUGGGAAUUGCCUCCUGCCCCAGCUGUAGCGUCGAGCUGCUGCUGGGCUGGAGGGAGAAGGAUCUUGGCUCUGGGGCAGAACAGAGCUAACCAUGAACUGCCAGCUGUGCUCCCAGUAUUUCUUCCCUUGCUGUCCCCCUCUGGCCCACUUCUUUGAUAACCCCAGCCCUACAAAAAUGUACCUAAUGAGUGGAUUGAGUAUAUAAUAAUACACUGACCUUAAAAUCUGGUUUGGGAAAAAGGUAAUCUGAGGCUUCCUUCCCCUGAUCUCCUAGCAAGAAAAUAAAGCUUCCCCUUUAGUGAAUCAUGUCCUAGGUCCAGGAAAUCCAGUGUUCUUGAAGACUGUCAUUCUCCUGCUUGUCCCCAAACUGUCACCGUAGUUCAAGGUGCUUUUGGUGUUCAGGGGCUGCCUCCAGAAAUUCCUGAGACCUGCCCAGUUUCAGUUGCUCUCCCCAGCAGCGUGGUUGCCUCUAGGGCUGAGGGAUAUAGGUCCUGGUUUGGUAGGAAUGUCAUUUCCAAUAAGUUCUUCUUCACCCACAUACUUCUCCUGCCAAGGUGCUUGGAAGUAUUUGGAACCCAAGUUUAGGGUGAGUUGAUGGAACCCAGAGCUUUUCCUAGUGAGAGGAGAGGAAAAGUACCUGGGGCGUGUUACCUGGAGAGUGGCCAGUACAGUGCCAACCUUCCGGUGGCUGAGCAGCUAGUUUGCAAGCUCAUGAUUUGGGUCUGAGUAGGGGCUAGGCUAGCAGGUCGGAUGAAGGGUCAGAGAACCCCGUCUAGAAGGAGUGAUGGAGUCUGGGGCAGUGCCACACUUACCGCCUUCUGCUGCAGAGUGCUGGGGCUGGGUGGGCUUCCAUGCAUCUGGACAAGAUAUUCACCUGCCCUUGCUCUCAUUGUUGCCUGCCCUUCCUGUCUGUCAGGCCACUGGCAAUGGAGCUGGAGGAGUUCUUGAGCAGAGAAUGAGUCAGAUGGAGAUAAAAAGCCCCUGUCUCUGGGUAAUGGAUGUUCAGAUUAUGGAGGAGCCCCAGAUUCCUGUGAUUGAUGAACUCACAAUCAGAGACCAUAAGGCCAUCUGAUUCCUUCAGGGAACUCUGAUGGGCUAGCUAAGUGGGAAAUUUAGUCCCAGCUUCUCCUCUGUGGCUUAACCCUAUCUUAAUUGGUUAUAUCAUAGCAGGAUCCAGGUCUGUUCAGGGUAUCUUGGGAUAUAUUUCAGCAAGGUUAUGCGUACAGUGAUGGAAGGUUCUUGUCUUGGUGUAUCUUCUGCCUCACCAUCAAUAUACUUUUUAUCUGGAGACUCACCAGUGGCCCAUACCCUCCCCGCCCCCAUCAGCUUCCUGUGUCUUAUCAGGUCCCUUCUCAGCACUGUACUGGCUCAGUGCAUCAAGAAUGGGUGGAUGGGUGUGUAUGAGUGUUGAGUGUGGAUGUGUAUAUACCAAUAAAUAAACUGGUCUUGAGACAACA